ACAGCUGCUUUUUCAAUCUUCACAUGACACGUUUCAAGUCUAUUUAUCUGAGUUUUUUUAUUUCUACGAAAAAAAAAAUGUUUUUAUCGUAUUCUUGUUACUGUCAAAUUUUUGACCUAAAUUUUUACCUUAUUUGUCUUAAUUUUCUUAGCUUUGAAAUCAGAGCUGCUUCUGUUGCUGAUGGCUGGGGUGAAAACACUGUUGAAAACAUCUUCAAAGAGAGGGAUAAGAACUCAGUUCUGCUGAUAUUCAAGCUUUGCGGAUCUGUUUCGAGUGAAAUGAAAUUAAAUUUACGAGGAACGGUAGCUGAAAGCGUGACUAACUUCUGCGACGAAAAUCCGUUCUCGUGCGAUCGAUCAGACUCCAAAAUCAAUUCAUCCUACACAGACGUGCUAUGGUGGGGACGUUACCCCCAGAAAAGGGAGUUAGCAGGGGGUGCUGUGUCGUUCCAAUUGUAUGUCAGAUACCCACCCGAGAUGGAGGGAAGUGGGAACACCAAAGCACUCAUACCCAGGGACACCCUCAAAGAAAUUCUAGAAAUUAAUCGAAGCUUGAUCGAAGAUCGAUUCGGGGCUCCAAUUCUCUACAUCCUGGUGUUCGACUGGAGAUACAACUUCCUCCUCUCAGGGGUCUCUCUUUCAUUGUUACUCCUUUUCUGCACUGCCUCGGUUAUCUACAUCUUCAAGAG